CAAGGCGGACAGUACAAAGAGGCUGCUGGUGGAGCGGACGGGACGUGCCGUGAGCCACGGGGCUAAACUCAGAACCUUGGACAAGUUUGACGUUUUACUACCUCACCGGGACCAUUUGCACGGCAACAAAUCAAACCCAGGGACCAUCAGCUGAGCUAACAGAGCCGAGGAGCUGCAUUCAGGUCCAGAAACCAGCUCGUGGAGACACUUGGCGUCGGAUCUACGUGUGGCUCGGCUGGAGGAAGGAGUGUACAAACCAACUAGGAGACGACGUCCGCACCAGUGAAGUUUGCAGGUUGCAUGGUUAUCUGGACUUGAUGCAUGGCAGUUGCAUGACCUCAGCAGGUCUUGUUGUGGGUCUGAGAGCACACAGCUGCAGCCAUGGCUCAAACCAUGCACGUGAAUGGCAACGGCCCAGAAAGAGGACAAAGAUGCCCGAGCACAGAGGACGAGAAGGACUCUGUGGCUCCCUACUAUGUUGAGACUCCUUACGGUUAUCAGCUAGACCUGGAUUUCCUCAAAUAUGUCGACGACAUUGAGAGGGGCAACACCAUUAAGAAGCUGAGUAUCCAGAGGAAGCCCAAAGUGGCCAAACCCUUGGCGGUGCCUCGGGGCAGCACCCAGGCUGAAUGGACCUCCACGGACUCCCUGUCCUCCUCCAACAGCGACGGCAAGCAGUCCCCCGUCUUCUUCAGCUCCAGGCCGCAGGGCGCCGCGCCGCUGACCCCCACCCUCUCCAGAGCGACCUGUGAAACCCCCUCGCAGCAGUCCUACUUGAGCAUCACGGAGCAGAAGCUGCUGCUGCCGCCUCCUUCGCCGAGGUUUGCCCCUCGCCACAACCCCCAGGUGGAGAAGACCCUCAUGGAGACGCGUCUCCGUCUCGAGCAGGAGCGUCUGCUCAUGCAGCCGCACAGCGAGCCGCCGAUGCCCCGCCGCCGUCUCGCCAGCUUCGGCGGCAUGGGCUCCAGCAGCUCGCUGUCCUCUUACUCCGGCUCCAUGGCCCCGAGCCAGAUUUCCCCCAGCACCCAUCAUCCCCUCCCCGUCAACGGCCACCUCCCCAACGGAGAGUACAACCUCUACUACCCGCCAUCCGUGGGCAGCUCCAUCCGCCACAGCCCCAUGAGCUCGGGCAUGGCCACGCCCGUGACCAACGUCAGCCCGCUGCACCUUCAGCAGAUCCGGGAGCAGAUGGUGGUGGCCUUAAAGAAGCUGAAAGAGUUGGAGGAGCAGGUGAAAACCAUUCCUAUCUUACAGGUUAAGAUUGCCGUUCUUCAGGAAGAGAAAAGACAAUUGGCGGCUCAGUCCAAAAAUCAAGGUCCUGGUGGCUUUCGCAAGCGCUCCUACAGCGUCGGCAGCGCUGACCAAAUGGAGAACCCGGGCCCCAUCCAGAAGGAAACGGAGCUGCACAUAAUGGAGCCUGAAGCCCAGGAGCAGAACGCUCAGCGGCUGGAGGAGUUCAGGCGUCUGGCGGCUGAGGUCCAAGCUCUGGAGAAGACCACCCAGGACGGUAAUGAAAACGAAACUCGGCCUCUGAAGACGACGCAGAACCAGGCCCACCAGAAGUCCAUUGGCACCGUCACUGAUGAAAACAUGAACAACCUCCCGGUCACCCAGAGGACGAGUGAACAUUGUCUGCGGGAUGUGGGAGUAUCGACGGAGCGGCGGGAAAUGUGCAGCGCGGCGGUUGGCGUGACCGAGGCCAUGCUGGGCAUGACCACGGAGGCAGAGAGGGAGAUCGAGCUGCAGCAGCAGACCAUCGAAUCCCUCAAGGAGAAGAUCUACCGCCUGGAGGUGCAGCUGAAAGAAACGACUCACCAAAUAGAGAUGGGAAAGCUGAAGUUGGAGCUCCAAGCGGCCGGCGGGUCAAACAAGAAGAAAGCGGACAAAGGUCUAAUGGCAAGGCCGGAGAUGUACAACGCCUGCGUGGAGGCCAAAGUCCAGACACGCAGCCAGGGAGUGGGUGACGAUCUGGACUUCAGCCACGCUAACGCAGCUAAAACUGUGCAGAGCCACACUGUAGGAGUGUCCUGUCGUCCCAGUGUGCAGAGUGUCGGUACGGGCCCAGAGAUCCCGAUGGACCGAUGGGUGGUGCAUGAGCGCGUGGACGUGAAAGACCAGUGUGUCGGGAGACGGGUGGAGACGUGCCACCAGCAGGUCGGCGUGGAGCUGAACGUUUGUGAAGUGGGAGUUAACACGGAGGAGUCGGUGGACAGCUUGGCUCUCUGCAAACCCAUGACGGAGUUGAUCAAAGAGUCGAGGUCGGUCGGCUGCGGAGAUUGUUCGGUGGAUGUGACCGUGAGUCCCGUCAAGACGCUGGUGACGCAAGGAACCGACCCGGAUUAUGUCAUCAAAGUGGACUCUGGUGUCAUGGCUGUUCCCGAGUCUGCAACUCAGCAGACCAAUACGGAGACAGAAGUCGCAAGCAAAUCCACAAACACAAAAACAGUCGUCCUGACAGACUCCUUCACGGACAUGGAGCCGGUCACGACAAGCGACCAGCACACCAACACGGCCGUGGUUGAGACGCGGACGGUCGCCGCCGGAGAUGGACUCAUCAAAGAUGUUCACUCAACGGCAAAGAUGCGUUCGAUUGCUGUGGGAACCACCACAGACGUGGAGUCAUUCCUUGGCAAAUCAAGCUCUGCUAAAACCAAAGAAUGCGGGGUGGGACCAGUUAGUAUCCAUGAGAACUUCUUGGUGGGAUUAAAAACCAGGAACAUAGCGUGCGGGCCCUCCCAGCCGGCCGAACCUGUCCAACACGCUGUGGAGGUGGAGGCCGAGGCUGCACCGCUACAGGCUCAGGCCCAGAGCGGCGCUGGACUGGACCACUACAUCGAGAGGGUGCAGAAGCUGCUGCAGGAGCAACAGAUGCUGCUAGCGGAGAACUACAGCGAGCUCGCGGACGCUUUCGGGCAGCCCCAGUCCCAGUUUGGAUCCCUCAACAGCCAGCUGGUCAGCACGCUCACGUCCAUCAACUCGGUCAUGAAGUACGGAAGCGCCGAGGACAUCCUGAAGCUGCAGCUGGACGCAAACGAAGAGGGCGUCCAGCAGCAGCGGACGGAGCGUUCUCACAUGGAGAAGACUUCCUUCAGCCUGACUUCUGCAGACAAACCUGCACAGCAGCAGCAGCAGAUGAGCGCCGCCGAGCAGAAGAGCCGCAUGGACCUGCAGAUGUCUACAGCGCUGCAUGGGCAGCCGUGCAGCCAGAGCACCCUGAAGUCCAUCAUGAAGAAGAAAGAUGGCCGCCCCGACUCCAACGGCACCAAGAAGAACCUGCAGUUUGUCGGAGUGAACGGAGGCAGGUAUGAGACGACGUCGAGCGACGACUCCAGCUCAGAGGACAGCAGCUCCUCGGGGUCGGACGAAGAGGAGGAGGAGGAGGAGGAGGAGGAGGAGGGAAAGGAGGAGCAGGGAAACAAGAAGGUGGAUGGGAGGAGCACCAGGGAGGAGUUCCAGCCCGAAGGAGCCGAGGACGUGAAGAAGAAGGAGGAAGAGGAAAGUUCAGAGAAGCAGGAGAUGAGAGAGAGAUACGAGCUGAGUGAGAAGAUGUUAGCAGCCAGCAACGUUCUCAAAACUCACCUGAGUGACACAAAAGCUGUGAGCAGUAAAGAUCUGAGAGCUUGUCUCAACACGGUGCAGCAUGAGUGGUUCCGUGUGUCCAGCCAGAAGUCGGCCAUGGCGCCCAUGGUGGAGGACUACCUGGCGGCCUUCGGGAGCGUCUCUCCGGCCGUGCUGCGCCACAUCGUCAACAUGGCCGACGGCAACGGCAACACGGCGCUCCACUACAGCGUGUCACACUCCAACUUCCAGGUGGUGAAGAAGCUGCUGGAUGCAGAUGUGUGUAACGUGAACCAGCAGAACAAGGCGGGCUACACCCCCAUCAUGCUGGCUGCGCUGGCCGCCGUGGAGUCGCCCAAAGACAUGCGUAUCGUAGAGGAACUCUUCAGCAAAGGAGACGUCAACGCUAGAGCCAGCCAGGCUGGUCAGACGGGGCUGAUGCUGGCGGUCAGCCACGGCAGGAUGGACAUGGUCCGGGCCCUGCUGGCUCACGGGGCCGACGUCAACGUCCAGGACGACGAGGGCUCCACGGCGCUGAUGUGCGCCAGCGAACACGGACACGUGGAGAUCGUCAAGCUGCUGCUGGCUCAACACGGCUGUGACGCCACGCUGAGCGACAGCGAUGAGAGUAACGCUCUGUCCAUCGCUCUGGAAGCAGGACACAAGGACAUCGCCGUGCUGCUCUACGCACACGUCAACUUCUCCAAAGCCCAGUCACCUGGGACGCCUCGACUCGGCAGAAAGACGUCACCAAGUCCCACUCGGAGGGGCAUGUUUGACUAGAGGCCCCGCCUCCUCCUGCUAACCCCGCGCUGCUAUUGGUUCUCGCUGAACGACGCCUUACCACAGCUGGAUGAGGGACUCAAUCCCAAGCACCAACCAACCAACCAACCAACCAAUGAGAUUCCUGGAAAUAUUUGUUAUUUAUGUGACACUGCCGAGCCCAAAGUGCCCUUUGAAUAUGAAUGUAACCAGCUGGUGCCUCCGGUCCCCACACAGUCAGCAAACCAACACGGACACAAAGUCAACUACUAAAUGCCUUUUCUUUUUUUUUUUUUUUCCUCCUAAUUUUUUUCUUAUUUUUCUGCAAAUUUGACAACUUUUUUUUAAUUUUAUUUCUAAAGCUCAAUGUUGAUCAUUCAAGAGCACCAAAAUGUGAUUUUUUUUUUUCCUUUUUUUCUUAUUAUUAUUUUUGAGCGCAUCAGAGUAGACAGAUGGAGAAUCAUCCACCCACAUGUUAGAGGAAAUCUUUCCUGUAUAUAUUGCUCGCCUCCAACAUCCCGGCCACGUGCGACGAAUAGACGCGACCUAGACUGGAGAAAAUUGUACUUUUAUACAAAUCCUUUGUAUCUAUUUAAAGAGAAGAAUCACAGUAUUUUGAAUAUUUCCUAUUACUACUUAACGACCCAUGAAGUUAUAUAUUUAUCAAAGUAUAGUUUUUAAAUGCAGAUAUAUGUAUUUCAUUGUACAGACGGUUUAGAGUGUAGUUAUUCUCCUGUUUGUGUCCAGUUUCCUUCCUGUCUGUGUCUCAUGUGUAAUAUAAACUGUCUGUCCUCCUCUAGUCUUCUUCAAGCACUCACUCUCGUCUCCAGGAGAGUCCAAGUGCCUGAGACUUCUUCGCCAUAUAACAAUAAACACCAAUUAAAGAUUAUA